GUAAGUGAAUCAUUUAUUUUACUCUACCAACUUAAAUUAGAAAAAAAGUCAAGAUGAAGUUCUUUGUUGCCAUCGCUGCCCUGGUCGCCGUGGCCACGGCCAACCCGCUCAACACCUGGAGCCUCGCCGACCUCACUGAGGCCGUCAACAAUCCAAAUACAAAUCCUUCCCUCCUCCCCUACCUCCAAUUUGCCCUUAAUGAAUUGAAGAACAUCAUUGCCAGUGGCGUUGCUGUGGAUUCCAUUGUCGUACCAACGCCAGCAGUCAUUGAGGAAUACAAUGCGCCCUCUACCUGGACGCUCCAGGAGCUGUCCGAAGCUCUUCAGAACUCCCAAACCGACCCUGCUCUCGUGCCUCUUCUGGAGGACGCUUUAGACCAUCUCAUGGACUCUAUCUUCAGUGGACAGAACGUUAAUGCUAUCGUCAUCAACCUACCCGUUGACAAUAUCGAAAUCAUCCCGGUACCCGUUCUCCCUGAACCGGAAAUUCCUGAGCCCGAACUUCCCGAGAAGCCUGUACUUCCCGGGAUCAUUCCCCCCACACCGGAAACGCCCGUGUCCAGCCCCUUGGUGCAGGUCAUCGUCAAUGUUAACGGCCAACAACAACAGCUUACUGAAGUCCCUCAUGAAAUCAAGCCUACCCCAGUUCAGGUCGUCGAUGAGAUCCCCGCCGACGUUCUUGCUGGCCUCAGGCACUAAAACCGUUACAAUUUGAAAGAUACCUAGAGAGAGAUACCAAUGUUAUCUUCGGUAUUAAUAAAUGAACUUGUACCAGUUUAA